AGCUAUAUAUCAGUUCCAGGCAUCAUUUAACAGACUUUUCAAUUAGCCAUGUCACUAAAGUCAGUUACUGUAUUGACUACAUAUCUCAUCUAUGCAUCCAUAGUUGCUAAGUCAGCUAUGGAUCCCUACAAGGCCCUCAACAUCAUCCUCAACCCAAACGGAACCCUCACACGCUUAAGCAUUCCUCCACAAAGCCCUCCCUCACCGGAUCCCACUCUCCCCACAGCGGUUCUCUCCAAAGAUCUCACCAUCAACCAAUCCAAGCACACCUGGGCCCGGAUCUACCUACCCCACAAAGCACUCGAUUAUUCCCCCAACACCAACUCCAAACUACCCCUCAUCGUGUUCUACCACGGUGGUGGCUUUCUCUUCUACAGCGCCAACUCCACUUACUUCCACGACUUCUGCGUCAGGAUGGCCAACGACACUCAAUCCGUCGUCGUUUCAGUCGACUACCGCCUCGCCCCGGAGCACCGACUCCCCGCGGCCUACGAAGACUCCGUGGAGGCGCUGCACUGGAUCAAAUCCUCCAACGACCCCUGGCUACGUCACGCGGAUUACUCCCGUUGUUAUCUCAUGGGAGAGAGCGCCGGGGGCAAUAUCGCCUACACCGCGGGUCUACGUGCAGCCGCGGAGGUUGAUCAGAUCAAACCACUCAAAAUAAAAGGGUUGAUAUUGAUUCAACCGUUUUUCGGUGGGACCAAGAGGACUCCGUCAGAGGUAAGGCUUGCCGAGGAUCAGACUCUACCUUUGCCUAUCACUGAUCUGAUGUGGAAUCUUUCAUUGCCGGUUGGCGUCGACCGUGACUACGAGUAUUCCAAUCCAACGAUCAAGGGUGGUGCUAAGAUUUUAGAUCGGAUUAAGGCUCUUGGGUGGAAGGUUGCAGUGUUUGGGGUUGAAGGGGACCCACUGGUGGACCGUGAAAGAGAAUUGGUGGGACUGCUACAGCACAAGGGUGUGCAAGUGGUUGGACUAUUUUACCAAGGGGGUCGACAUGGCAUUUUCGUGGGUGACCCUUCUAUGUCUGUUAAAGUCUUUGAUCUACUCAAAACUCUUCAUUGAUGAGUUAGUUAUUUUGUGCUAUUUGGAUCAUGUUCACGUGAUUUUAUGUUCCAUGCAUCUAAUGUCGUUCUGGUACUCAAAGUAAUAAAACAAAUUAAAUUGUCCGAA